UCGCCUUCCCAACGCCUCCGGCCCCAGGACCCCGAGGUCCCUCCUGGGCCGGGACUUGCGUCCGGGGCUGACUUGUUGACGAGUUCACCUGCCGCGGCUCCUGGUGUUUGCUUUUUCUCUUCCUUUAGCCCGUCUUUGGCGGAGGUGGCAGGGAGCAGAUGGGUACUCUUUAUAAUCACUAGUACCGGGAGGCCUGAGCGUGAUCUCCCGCGGGCGAAGUGCUCACCAACCUCGGAGCCGACUGGAGCGAGAGUCCCUAAGCAGGCCAGGUCCUUGCCAACCCUGGCGCGCCCGUUUCCUUUAGGUGCUGCUGACACCGCCUUUCCUGCCUCGCGGCUAUCGCAGCUCCUGCUUCCUCUAGAAAGGAACAUAUCCUGUUACCGCGUCUGCCUUUGCCCAGAGCGGCUCCCCAUUAACGUUUCCCAUUGCCUUUUUACUUGGAGUGCCCCGAAGGCCCCUCAACUUCUCUUUGGGGGUCUUAAAAAUAGUGCGUGCGCCCUUUCUCUGGCGAAAGGCAUUAACUGGCUGGUUGGGGGAGAGUUCUAGUUCAAAAAGGGAAUCAGGUUCUCUUCUGUUUAGAUAGCAUAAAAAAUUAUCACGAGAAAGGGUGCUGGGUGGCAGCCUUAGUAACUGAGAUCUGGUAACUUUAUACAAAUUAUCAGGGCCUGGAAAAUGUACCACCAGCUGGUUUGAAAAUGCUAUUGAAUGUAGGAAGAAACGCACAUAAGGCAUUGGCCAUUAAGGUCCUAUAAAUUACGACUCAUUGCAAACAUGUUCAUGUCUAAACAUUUCAGUAAAGCCUCGCCAGAAAAAUGUCAGGUUGGUUUCUGUGGACCUUUAGUUUUUCUGAGAUCUGAACUGUUCCUUGGGGUGGGGGAAUGAAAUAGGAAACGCUUAUUAGUUUGAAAUCUGUGCUCCAGACUCAAUUUCUUACCUUCUGUUUAAAACACACAUUUUUUACUUUUGAGUGAAUUUUCAAACCAUUCUUUUUGUUUUUGUUGUUUUAGGUUGCAGUCUUUAUUUUUGAAACAUCAUGUGUAGAGAAUACCAUAGGGGCAAAAUCAGUUUAUAAUCCUUAAUACUUUGAUUAUCAUUGUUUGGUUUCAGACUGCCAUGUAUAUAUUUAAUUUAAGGAGAUGUAGCUUUCUAAUUGGAUCUUUUUUGCAUCACAUAGGUAAAGAGUUGUACUGUCAUUAAAGAUGAAUCUUUAGAAAAUGACAGUUAAGCUACUGAGUACUCAUUAUAAUAGUAGAGAGACCCAAGGCUAAAAAAAACUGACCUUGGACACUCCAUCCAUGGGGCAUUACAUGCUAAAGACACUGGAUGGUAAAUGCCUAGCAAGUUUAUUUUAUAGCUGUCUUUGCUUCAUUUGGUCCGCCUGAGACCCUAUCUGACUGCUUUCUCUGAGCAUCUUUAUUACCAUGCAUUUCUCUCCACAUCAACCUUAUGAAAAAAAUGGACAAUUUUGUUACUCAAAAGAAAACCUUCAAAACUGCUGUAUUUUCAGUGUAUUUGACUAAACAAUACAUUUUUUUUUCAGGUGCAGGCAGUUUUAUCAGAGGAAGAGAAGUGUGGCAACUGUGAAAUGACAAGGCAGGGUAAACCUGUAUUGGUGUGAACUUUUAAGUUAUAGAAACCUCAUACAGGAGAAGGUGGUGAAGUUAAUAGGCCACAAGGAUCAGGAAGGAUUUUUCCUCUUUAUUGGUUGAGCCCCACAUCUAGAAGCCUGAGGUAGAAAAGGAAGAAGAAGGAAACAUGUCAGGACACAAAUGCAGUUAUCCCUGGGACUUACACGAUCGAUAUGCUCAAGAUAAAUCAGUUGUAAAUAAGAUGCAGCAGAAGUAUUGGGAAACGAAGCAGGCCUUUAUUAAAGCCACAGGGAAGAAGGAAGACGAACACGUCGUUGCCUCCGACGCAGACCUGGAUGCCAAGCUGGAGCUGUUUCACUCGAUUCAGAGAACCUGUCUGGACUUGUCUAAAGCAAUUGUACUCUAUCAAAAGAGAAUCUGUUUCUUGUCUCAAGAAGAAAACGAACUGGGAAAAUUUCUCCGAUCCCAAGGCUUCCAGGAUAAAACCAGAGCAGGAAAAAUGAUGCAAGCGACAGGAAAGGCCCUCUGCUUUUCUUCCCAGCAAAGGUUGGCCUUGCGAAAUCCUUUGUGUCGCUUUCACCAAGAAGUGGAGACUUUUCGGCAUCGGGCCAUCUCGGACACUUGGCUGACUGUGAACCGCAUGGAGCAGUGCCGGACUGAAUACAGAGGGGCGUUAUUAUGGAUGAAGGACGUGUCCCAGGAGCUUGAUCCAGACCUCUACAAGCAAAUGGAGAAGUUCAGGAAGGUGCAAACACAAGUUCGCCUUGCCAAAAAAAGCUUUGACAAAUUGAAGAUGGAUGUGUGUCAAAAAGUGGAUCUUCUGGGAGCGAGCAGAUGCAAUCUCUUGUCUCAUAUGCUAGCAACAUACCAGACCACUCUGCUCCAUUUUUGGGAGAAAACUUCUCACACUAUGGCAGCCAUCCAUGAGAGCUUCAAAGGUUAUCAGCCAUAUGAAUUCACUACGUUAAAGAGCUUACAAGACCCUAUGAAAAAACUGGUUGAGAAAGAAGAAGGGAAGAAGAUUGCCCAGCAGGAAAGUGCAGAGGCCUCAGUGGAGGAACCAAGUCAGUUAAUUUCAUUAGAGGAUGAAAACCAGCACAAGGAAUCCUCUAGUUUUAAGACUGAAGAUGGAAAAAGUGUUUUAUCUGCCUUAGACAAAAGCUCUAUACAUAAUGCAUGUUCAGAUGAACUAUUAGACAUGAAACUCGAGGAAGGUGCUUGCCUGGGCCCAAUGGCAGGGACCCUGGAACCUGAAGGUGCUGACAAAGAUGACCUGCUGCUGUUGAGUGAAAUCUUCAACGCUUCCUCCCUGGAAGAGGGCGAGUUCAGCAAAGAGUGGGCUGCUGUGUUUGGAGACAGUCGGGUGAAGGAGCCAGCACCCACUGCGGCCCCAGGAGAGCCAGACCCCAAGCCCCAGACAGGCUCAGGAUUCCUUCCUUCACAGCUUCUAGAUCAAAAUAUGAAAGACUUACAGGCCUCACUGGAAGAGCCUGCCAAGCCCUCCUCGGACCUGACUGCCUGGUUCAGCCUUUUCGCCGAUCUCGACCCAUUAUCAAAUCCUGAUGCUGUUGGGAAAACCGACAAAGAACAUGAAUUGCUGAAUGCAUGAGUCUGCAGCCUCCAGGAAGGAGCCCACAGGCGGCUCCAAAUCAGCACACCCGGGGGCUUGCAGAUGUAGGAAGCGAUCAGUAUGCUGUUUUAAUAUUUACGUGCCAUUUUAAUAAAAUGAAAGGGUCAAAGGCCCUGUUUAUAUUGGUA